AUGACUACGACAGAGACUACGAGAGAUGCAUUGGAAUUUUCCGAGUCCGACAGGGGCUUCCUCGAACCCCAUCUGCCGCCCCAGGCCAGCUCGGCAUCUAAUCUCGAUCUCCCCUUCACAACACUCACUUUCGCUACAUCGCUUGACUCGUCUCUAGCUUUAUCCCCGGGCGCACGUACAGUACUUUCAGGUCCCCAGUCCAAAGCAAUGACACAUUAUCUGCGAUCGCGUCACGAUGGAAUUCUCAUUGGAGUCGGUACAGCAGUCGCCGAUGAUCCUGGUCUGAAUUGUCGCAUCACAGGAGUCGGAGGCUAUGGUCAAGAUGGUUUAACUGGUCAACCUCGGCCAGUGGUCAUAGAUCCAACAGCCCGUUGGGAGUUUUCGGAAAACAGUAAGCUGUUUCAACUUUGCAAAGAGGGACGCGGCCGAGCACCAUGGAUCAUCACAGCUACAGAAAACCCCGACCCAGAAAAGAAAGCUCUGCUCGCGAAAUAUGGGGGCCGAUUUAUAUCGACGAAAAUGAUCAGAACACAUACUGGUGGGCAUCAAGUUGACUGGCAAGAUUUGCUUGUCACCUUGAAAUCAAAUGGUCUCGAGAGCGUCAUGGUGGAGGGCGGUGGCCAAGUCAUCAACUCUCUUUUAAGUCCAGUUUAUAUGUCUUUGUUGAACAGCGUGAUUGUGACGAUUGCUCCCACUUGGCUUGGUCAAGGUGGUGUGGUCGUCUCUCCCGCUCGACGAUUUGACGAGGGAGGAAAUGCAAUGUCUGCAGCGAGAUUGAAAAAUGUCAAAUGGUACCCCUUUGGGGAAGACGUUGUCCUGUGUGGGCAAGUCAAGAUCGCGGACUGA